AUGGCGCCCGCUCUCACCGACGCCCCAGCCGAAGCUCACCACAUCCGCUUCAAACUGGCUGCUCCCUCUUCCAGUUUGUCCCCAGCCAGUGCAGAGAACAACGGUAACGCCAGCAACAUCCUUAUCCACAGCAGUGGUCCCGCGAAGGGCAAGGCUGCCACAGAAGAGUGCCCGCUUGACUUUUGUGGAGGUGAUCAGGAGCAGGACCAGUCCCAGUCUGGCCCAGUGGCUCAGGCCUCUGCGCUGGGAAAGCUUCAACCUCUGGUGGCUUCUUACCUGUGCUCGGAUGUGACAUCUGUUGCUUCAACCAAGGAGUCAAUCAAGCUGCAAGGAGUCCUUAUCAAACAGUCUGUGCUUAAAAGUCACAGAAUCCUGCCUGCAUCCCUGCUCAACGGUGGUGGGGAGUUCUUGUUGAGGAAGAGGCAGGCUAUUGAACUCUCUGGUGGUCAUCUCAAAACGCUAAUGAGUGGAAGUACUAACGGAGGCAGCCAGCCUAUGUCUCCGGUCAAUGGUCUGGCUAAGAAGCUGGCCACAAUCCCCGGCUCUGGCUGCGUGGUGGCAGUAAACGGUGACAAACCUUCUGCUGCCACAGACUCUCAAACUCCAAACCAACCCCUGUAUUCAGAGACAGUAGAUGCCUCGCUAUCAGGGAAUAUAUCAUUGAAAGGAACCCUGAAACCGAAGCAUUCCUCAGGGGUUUCCCAAAAUGAUGGAAAUAACCUCGAAUCCACAGUGCUUCAACCUGCUGCACUAUCCUCCUUCACCCAAGAUGCCUCAAACUCCAGUGAACCAAGUGGACAUGAAGAGACUGAUUUGAACACACUUAAACAGCAACAGGGCUGUGAUGGAGACAAACCUGGGAGCAGCCAACAAGACUCUCUGGCCUGUGCACUUGUACCAGACUCUCCCCUUCCCUGUAGCUCCAAUGCGGACACCAUCGAUGCGCACAUUAGGGAGCGCACCCUCCUUAACAGUAACCGCCAGACGGAGAUCGAAGGCCGCCUUCGCCGCCUGCGUAAACGUCUUCAGGUGGUUCAGGCCAAGCAAGUGGAGCGGCACAUUCAGCAGCAGCUCGGGGGCUUUUUAGACACUGCUCUUAGUCGGUUAAUUUCUACUAACCGUAAGUCAGAGACCACUACCCCCACGGCUACAUGGAGGACUGGGCGCCACUCAAACAACAAAGAUGGUCUCAAUAGGUUUCUAAAAAGUGGGUCCAUGCCUUUGGAGCUAGAGCGGCUAUACUUGAGUGGAACAGCAAACCUUCACUCGGCAGAAACCGCCUUCGACUCGGACGUGACCGAAAGUAGCUCUGGAGGGGACUCUGACCUAGAGGAGGAGGAGCUGUCCCGGGUGGACAUUGAGCAGAGACAUGUCAAAAUAUGGAAGCGGGCGGAGAGUCGAUACACGGUGGAGCGCGCGGCAAUAAUCAGUCACUGGAACUGGCUCCAGGCUCACAUCUCCGACCUGGAGUACCGCAUCCGGCAGCAGACCGACAUCUACCGACAGAUACGGGCCAGCAAGGGCUCAGUGGAGUUGGGAGGCGUCGCUCCGAGUGUCGCAGAAGUCAAAUCAGAGCCUGUAAAUAGUUCGGACGCGGUUUCAGAACGGCUCGAGCACACGGCCGCCGCCCACAUCACCAACGCAGAGUCUACGGGAGCCCGGAAAGGCCAAAGCGGACAGCCUGUCAACGGCGCCCUCAGCAGGAUGGCAGAGUGUGCGGAGCGGCCCCUGCAGCCCUCGGCCCCCGACAGCUCGUGUGUGGCGGCUCGGACACGGCCCCUCACCAGCUGUCGCCGACGGAGACUCAUUCAGCCCAACUCUGUGCCCAACCUCAACGGCAAGGCCCCAAAGAGCUGUGUUCCGUGUAGCUGCAGAGUUAACACGAGCUGUGUGAUGUGUGGUGGCUGGCCCACCCCCAGAGAAGACCCUCAGUUUGAACUGCCCACCCUCGAGCGCCUGUCAAGGCUGGAUCUUGGCGUCCACCCCAUUCUGUCCUUCCCUGACGACGUGAGCGUCAGUCUGCGCCUGCAGCAGGUGAUGAAGAGUCAGUGGAACAUGAAGUCACUGGAGAGACGCAAACCUCUAAAGAAACUCUCCCUCAAACACAAGUUAUCCUCCUCCAAAGAGAAGCACAAGUUUACCAACUCGCUCAUGGCAGUCCGCCUGGGGCACUAUAAGAGCCGUGAGAAGCAGAGGCCGCUGGAGAGCGGCGGCAGCAGCAGUUCUGUCCUGAACACAUCCAGACUCGACAGUCAGUGCAAGACCUCCACUCCCCUCGGACCCUACGACAAGAGCUUCAGUCGCAAAAGAUUACGAGAGCACUCUCUGGAUCGCGCAGACAUGUCUCCCAAGCUUUUCAUGGACUCGACCUCGCCCUGCUCCACGCUGGCCCUGCACUCGUCGCUCCACAGCCCCCUCACACGACAGCUGUCCACCUCCUCUGAAAACUCCACUCCCCUGGGCCCUGGGGCCCAGAGCAUCAUCAGCACACCUCAGCAGCCGAUCAAGAGGAGGAGAGGAGAAAGUUCAUUUGACAUCAACAACAUUGUAAUCCCGAUGUCAGUAGCAGCCACCACCCGAGUGGAGAAGCUGCAGUACAAAGAGAUCCUCACUCCCAGUUGGCGAAUGGUGGAUAUUUUCUCUCAGAAAAUAACUGAAGAGGAGGAUCAGCGAGAGGCAAAGGACCUGUCAGACACAGCCUUUGUGCAGCACCACCAGCCGUACGAGGACCAGGAGAGGUCUCGCUGGUCCUGGAUGGCUCUGGCUCCAGCUCAGCGACGGGGCAGUAGGUCCGUGUCGUAUAAAUCCUUAGACGGUCGCACCACGCCGCUGCUGUGUGGGACAAACCCGCCCACGCCUCAGCCCGCCUCCCCCGACCCCGGACACUGCCCCCUGCUGCACGACUACAGCCACGUGCCGUCGCCCAUGAGCCCCCCCAGCCCCGACAACACGUCCAACCCCCACACGCCGUGCUCCCGCGACUCGCUGCGCCUGCUCUCCUCCGAGGACACGCGCUGCUCCACGCCAGACUUCUCCUUCGAAGAACGGAUGGUGGCGCCGUGGGAACGCCGUAGCUUCCCCAUGGCUGAAGACCCCGCCCUCGAGCCAGAGGUGGAGAUCAGGCCCAGGAUCAGGAGCAUCUCAGGUUGCCGAGCAACAGCCUUUGGGAGGCUGGAUUCUGACGACAUGGACCUGCCCUGUGACGAAGACUCCAAACACAGGACGUCCCAGCGAUGA